CAAUCUGGGCCCACUACGAGAGGUGGGCCGAGUUCAGUUUCUGCUGACAGCAUAACAUCUUGGCUUGACAAGUGUGAUGAUGGCAAGGUUGUGUACGUUUGCUUUGGCAGUCUAGCCGUGUUGAGCAACGAUGACAUGGAGGCGUUGGCUUUGGGGCUGGAGAGAAGUGGGGUCUGUUUCGUGUGGUCGAUCAAGGAGCCCACAGAAGCACACGUGGAGGGUGGCUACGGGAGGGUCCCGCAGGGGUUCGAAGAUCGUGUGGCAGGGAGGGGCCUAGUCAUAAAAGGGUGGGCCCCGCAGGUGUUGAUAUUGAACCAUUGGGCUGUGGGUGCGUUCUUGACUCAUUGCGGGUGGAACUCGGUGCUGGAAUCGGUUAUGUCGGGCGUGCCAAUGCUAGCUUGGCCCAUGGGAGCCGACCAAUUCAUAAAUGCGACAUUAUUGGACCAAUUGAAGUUGGCAAUAAGAGUGUGUGAAGGGGAACGAAAUGUUUCUGAUUCGGUCGAUCUGACUCGAGUUUUAGUGGAAUCAGUUAGGGAUGAUGACCGAGCUGAGAGGCAAAGCGCUAAGCAAUUGCGUGAAGCGGCACUUCGAGCCACGGUAGAUGGUGGUAGUUCAGUUAAGGAUGUCGAGUCCUUUAUUGCUCAUUUGGUUGCACUUGGAGCUGCUACUUGUAAGUAAAGCGCUGUUUUUUUUUUUUUUUUGUUUUUUUUUUUUAAGCUAAUGAGAAUAAAAAGGGAAAAGAAUGCAGUUUAAAUUAGUAGCAAGCCACUUAUAUAAGCAAAAUGAGGUUUAAUAAGAAUUUACAGCUAAAUUAUGUAUGCGACCAUAAUCAUGUUAUUUGGAGUUUGUAAAAAAAAAGAAAAGAAAGGGUAUGUGACUUUCUUAUUGAUUGGUGUUUUAAUUUUUUUGAUUGUAUGACUAAUCAUAUUAUUUGGAGUUUCAAGGUAGAAUUGUAAAAGUUAACAAUGUGUAACUCGUAUGUCUGUUGGUAAGGAACUAAUAUUACUUAUCAAUAUCAACACAAAUGCCAUCAUUAAAAGGGUACUUCUAU